UCAACCCUAAAACAACAAUACUCAGCAGUUUUGUCGAAUCGCACUUCCCCUUAACUCUGAUACGAAACCGCACUGAUCUUAACACCUGCGAAUUGAUCGCCGGCCAUCAGAAACAUAAGAACUUCCAGGUUUGUUGAUGGAUAUGGAGUGGUCUGAAUCACGGUAUGAUGAUAGAAACAACAAAGGUGAAUCCCCUGUGAGGGAGCAUAGGAAGAAGAGUGAGAAGGAGAAUCGAAGAAGAGACAGGGAUCAUCCCAAGAGGGCUUCUGGGGAUACAAAAAAGGAUAGAGGUUCCAGAAGAGAACGUAGUAGGGUUGAGCGAGAGAAAAAUAGGUUUAAUUAUGGUAAUUCAAGGGAGAAAGAUUAUGAUAGAGAGAAACAUAGGGAUAGAGAUAAGAAGGAUAGGGACAGUGAGAAGAAAAGGGAGUUGGAGAAAGAUAGUGAUAGAGUGCGAGAGAAGGUAAAGGAAAGGGAGCGAGGGAAACAUAGAGAUAGAGAAAUUAGAGAAUGUAAUAGGGAUGAGCAUGAGAAGGAUAGGUCAAUGGAUAGAGGAAAACGAAAGGCUCGUGAGGAAGAUUUUGAAUUGUCUAAUCUUGAUGAUAAAUUAAACUACCAUGAAAAGAGAGAUGAUGAUGUUGGCAAGCAUGCUAAGGCUUCAAUACUCAAUCAAGAUGAUGAAGAUGGUGAAACAUCAGCAUACUUGUCAUCAAAAGAACAUAGCUUGAAGAUGAAAGAAACAAGGACAACGAAACAAUUUGAAGCUACUUCCGAGAUCUCAUCAUGGGCUAACAAGAGUCGUAAGUUUGAAAAGGAAAGAGUAUUGCAGCUCUCAAAGAUUUUUGAGGAGCAAGACAACAUCGCAGUAGAGGGAAGUGACGACGAGGAUAAGACCCAUCACCUGGCAGGGCUGAAAGUUGUUCAUGACCUUGACAAAGUUGCGAAAGUUGGUACUGUAGUUCUGACUAUCAGAGAUCAGCCUAUAAUUGUUGAUGGUGAUAUUAAAGAAGACGCUGAUAUGCUUGAGAAUGUGGGAAUAGGAGAACAAAAACGACGGGAUGAUACUUAUAAAGCUGCGAAAAAGAAAACUAGCAGCAUAUAUGACGAUAAGUCCAAUGAUGUCCCUUCCACGGAAAAGAAAAUACUUCCAAAAUAUGAUGAUCUGGCUGCUGAAGAGGGUUUAACUUUGAAUGAAAGAGGAAGAUUCUCAAGCGAAGCUGAAAAGAAACUUGAAGAGCUUAAAAGAAGGUUAACUGGUGUUUCCACUAAUAACUUUGAAGACCUUACUUCAUCUAGAAAGGUAUCAUCAGAUUACUAUUCUAAUGAAGAAAUGCUUCAAUUUAAGAAGCCCAAGAAGAAAAAGUCCUUCCGAAAGAAAGAUAAGCUGGAUAUUAUUGCCCUUGAAGCUGAAGCUGUCUCUUCAGGAUUGGGUGUUGGUGACCUUGGUUGUCGGAAAGAUGCAAAGAGGCAAGCCAUCAAAGACGAACAGGAAAGAUUGACAACUGAAAUGAGAAAUAAUGCUUACCGGUCUGCUUAUGCUAAAGCAGAUGAAGCCUCUGAACUACUUCGUCCAGAACAAUCUAUGUAUGUUAAAAUAGGGGAAGAUGAAACUCAAGUUUUUGCAGAUGAUGAGGAGGAUAUUUGUAAAUCAUUAGAGAAAGCAAGACGACUAACUCUUAAGAAACAUGAGGAGAAAGGAGCAUCUGGCCCUCAAGCUAUUGCCAUACUUGCCACUUCAAAUCCUAGUAAUGAGACUAUUGAUGAUCAAACUGCAGCUAGAGAGUCAAGAGAAAACAAGGUCGUUUUUUCAGAGAUGAAUGAAUUUGUCAGAGAGAUGAAGGAAUUUGUCAAGGGUCUUCACAUCGAUGAAGAUGCACGUGAAGAUGAAGAUGUUAUCAUGCAUGAUGAUGAAGCAGAUGUUUCGGCUAAGGAAACGAAAGAUGAGGCUGGUGAGUGGACUGAAGUUAAAGAAACUCAAAAGAACGAGCAACUUAACUCAGAAGACACGGAGGAAAUAGUUUCAUAUGAAACUAUACGCGAAGUUGCUCUAGGGAAAGGAAUGUUUGGUGCAUUGAAACUGUGUAAAGACCAAGGAACACUUAAAGAAAACAUUGAAUGGGGUGGCAGAAACACGGAUAAGAAAAAAAGCAAAUUGGUUGGGGUAUUAGAGGAUGAAGGAAGGGAAGCACAAAAUAAAAAGGAGAUUCACAUUGAGAGGAAAGAUGAGUUUGGGAGAACUUUGACUCCUAAGGAAGCCUAUCGUAUAUUAUCUCAAAAGUUCCAUGGUGUAGAACCUGGAAAAAUGAAGCAGGAAAAGCGUAAGAAGAAAUUUCAUGAAGAACUGAAAUUGAAGCAAAUGCAGAAUUCAGAUACACCAUUGCUAUUUACGGAAAGAAUGAGGGAAGUUCAAGCUUGUACGAAGACACCCUAUGUCGUUCUUAGUGGUCGUGUUAAACCCAGACAAACUAGUGACCGGAAAAGUGGUUUUGCUACAGUUGAGAAGGAUCUUGCUGGAGACUUGACACCUAUGCUAGGUUGAGCACUUUCUAGGAAUCAAGAGGAAAGCUGGACAGUCAAGCUCGGAUACCCCAAAAUAGAAGAAAUCCUGAUUCCUUGGUCGUGUAAUAUUAAGCAUUUCAAGGAUGCAACACUACUACUAUUUCGUAACAUUAUUCCGAUAACAGCCAUAUAUAUUUUACUGAUUCAUAUUAAGUAACACUUUUUUUUUUUAACAUUUAUGAAAAUAUGUUAUCGGUUUUUACUAGUUUAGUAGUACUGUUAAUUUUUUAUAUUAGACGCUUGGAACUUUCUCUCCCACGUUUUUCACCAAAGAAAAUCGAUCAACUUUUUCUCUCACGUGUUCCAAUGGAAGUUUCUUUAUCUUUCACUGUGAAUUUUCUACAUCAAGAUCAUCAUGUAGACCUCAUCUUAGGCUUCAUUCAUUGCAGUUAUGCCAAGUUUCCCGCAUUCAUCACUAUGAUCGAAACCCUACGUUUUUCUUUGUUAAUUGAUGUAAUGUUCACCUCUUAUAUCUAUGCUCUAAUCUAGUUAUUUUUGUGAUGGAUAUCUCAAACCUUCAAUGGACAUGUGCUUACUGUUUUCAAUUUUCAUAUAUCCGGAGUGAACUCAGAAGCAGUGAAGAGCAUUCUCAUAAUUUUACUCUCAUUCUUGCUUUAAUUCGUUACAAAAUUUAUGUAUGCUAUGGUUAUUGAUUUUGAGUUGUAGCAUCAGUGUUAAUUUUCAUUUUAACAUUGAUUUUUGUUAUAUUUUGAAGAUAUUCCAUGGCCAAGAAUUUACUCAUCAAGUAAAGUUGAAUUCAACGGCUAAAUUUACUGCAAAUCCAUUUUCAUAUGAUGCAAUUUUUUCUGAUUUUGAGAUUGUUAAGAUGCGUUGUUAUUUUGGUCUUCAUGUGUAAUUUUAUUCUUGAUUAGGAAUUUUCAGGAAUGGCUUAUAAUGCAGGAGAAAGCACUUAGUGAUUGCUUAUUUUCUAGGUAAAGAUGCUUACUAAAUACUCUCAUGGUUUAUUGUGUUUUCUAUUUGAGUUGCUCUUUGUAUUUAAAUGGCUAUGAUUCCUCAAACCUUCACGAUAUGCAAUCUAAGAGAAUCAAUGAUUAACCUAAGGUAAAGGACAUUUCUCUCAUGAAUCAGAGGUAUAGAUAUGAUCUUGCAGUGGAAUCAAGAGAUAAAGGCAGGAAGGUCUUAAUCUUAUUUUUCCUUCAAUUUCUCUUUACUCUUUCCAUUCUUAGGUAAUAAAUCAUUUGAAUUUGUUCUAUAGAUAUGUAGUUUUUGUUAGUAGACAACAUGUGAGUAUCUUUUUACUCCAAAUUACUGUGCAGAAUUUGACAAUGUUGGAGUAAUCACGACUCUUGAUGAGACACAUAUGUUCUCGUUCCUGAUAUUUAGUCUUGUGGAUCAUACAAGGCCCUGAAGUUCAUUUUCGGAAGCAAAACUACAUUCAAGGCUAUUUCUCCAACAUAUAAUACUUCCUAUUUCAAUUAUUGAAUCCAUAAUUUGCACAUUUAAUAAGUGAUCAUAACAUUGUUUUGGUGGU